AGUCAAAAAUAAUUUUAAAAGAAAAUAUAUUCAAGAAUAAUUUUCUUCUAUCCAUUUUAUAUAAAGAAAAGCAAAACUUUAUGAUAACAAUCUAAUUUGAAAAUGCAAGUAGGCUAUGAACUUGUGAAACCGCCUGUUUGUUUUGGUUUCUAGGUUCGUCUGUAAUUCAAAAUGAGUUUAUUCCAACAGCGUAAAUUAUUAGUAGACUCUCUACUGCGACAGUGUUCAAAUAAAUGUAUGUCCGAGAGAUUAGUAAAACCUCUUAAUCAUGGCGUUUUGAGGACAGGUUUCAGAAAUAUCUCAAGCAAUGGUCAAUGGUCGGACGAUGAAGUUCGGAAAAUGAGACUCAUGAAACGAGUAGGUGCUGGAAUUCUCUUCAGUGCAACCCUUGGAUUUGCUAUUUACAGCAAAAGAAAUAAAGCCCAGAGGCUUAGAGAUUGUUUGGAGGGUUGUGAAAGAUUACCACCUGAUCCUGACUACACAUCUUCUAUGGGUUCUGAGUUCUAUAGGUGCAAAUCCUGCAUCUUUCCUGGUGACGUAGUCAAAUCUGGAACAUUGAAAAAAUUGGAAUCUCUUGAACUAAAACAUAAUGAUGUCAUUGUUGCCAGCUUCCCAAAAUCAGGAACUACGUGGAUGCAAGAAAUUGUCUACUUGAUUCAAACUGGUUUGGAUUUUGAACGAGCUAAGAAGCAAGUUCUCGAAACUCGAUUUCCGUAUCUAGAACAUCCUUAUCCUGGUUUGGCAGCUAUAAAGAAAACAGAGGGUCCCCGCUUCAUCAAAACUCAUCUACCCUUAUCUUUACUUCCAAAAUCUGCCUUGGAAAAUGGGACAAAGGUGAUUUAUAUAGUCAGAAAUCCCAAAGAUGUGGCAGUGAGUUACUAUUAUUUUUUGCGCAUGGCAACCUUUGUCGGUUAUCGCGGAGGAAUAAAAGACUUUGUUAACAAGUUCAUUAAAGGCGACGUCCCGUAUGGUCCAUAUUUCGAUCACGUUCUUGGAUAUUGGAAACAUCAUCAGAAUAAUUCGAAUUGUGGUAGUAAUCUUUUGUGGAUUACCUACGAGGAUAUGCACCGAGACCCAGAAGGCAGCAUCCGCCGUGUUGCCCAUUUCCUCGACCGUGCUCUAACAGAUGAUCAGGUCCAGCUUAUCGCUGCGCAUACCCGGUUUGAGUCAAUGGCCGGCAAUCCAUCAGUCAAUUACUCUCACUGGGAUGACUUGGGCCUAAGGAAUAAGAAUGAGGCGCCCUUUAUGAGAAGUGGUCGGGUUGGAGACUGGCGCCGCAGCUUCGAUGCAGACACCAAUCGCCGUUUUGACGAUUUUAUUCGCCAACAUCUCGAAAGCAGCGAAUUGAAGUUCGAUUAUAUUCCAGCCGAUGAGUAGAAACGCAAGCUAAGCCAAUAAUGAAAUGGCUUUUUAGUCCGGACGAAUGUGCACAGCCAUUUCUAGUCAAAUUAACCAGUGUACAAAGGUAACACACAGAUUUGACGGAUAACGGGAAAAAUAAAUGUUGAUAAAGAAGUUUCCCUCUAGAAAUUGGCCAAAUUGGUAACAAGUGUAUUCUAAAAUCGAAUUUCGUUUUUUGGCAAUUUUUCUUUUGUCGGAAUAUACUGUGUGUGUGUGUGUGUGUGAUUGUGGGAUAACCAAUCAAAAUGAAUGCCCAUUAGGUAUAAUAAGAUCAUUGACGUGUGGUAUAUACACAGUGUUACACAGGA